CGCGCCCGGAGCUGUGCUAGCUGAAGAUCUGGAAUGGUAUCAACAACUCCGUGUUGCGCAAGGCAACAAUGGUACGACCUCGGACGGUGCCGCUCUUAGCGGUGUCGGGUUCAUCAAUUCUCUGGACCAGAUAAUUGCGCCUUUGGACCGUCGGAGCAGUUUCAAGAAUGCUCACGCGGACCUCGAGUCCUACGUCCCAAUCUGGCAUGCCUAUACAACAGGAAGACCUCGCAGCCCCAAGUUCAGUGCCCGCAAGCUUAGCCUCAUCCCUGGGUUCUUACCUGAUUGGCGAAGCAUCAAAUGGUUGUAGAGCUUAUACUUCUGCAGACAUGCAAUCAGUCAGUCGUAUACGAUUCUCUCGCGGGCAUUUGGACCGCCCCCGACAUCCAGGCGAGAUAUCUGGAUUAUGGUUUGAUUACUAUGAUAGCUCACGUCCUUCAAUUGCUGGCCAAUGGCUCUUUGAGAGUGGCUCGACGAGGUUUCAAGAAGGGGAGAUUAUCAGCGAAAUCACCGUAUGGCUACCAAAAGACAGAGAAUCCUUCAGCGAGAGAUGCUACUUGGGCCGCGUGGUACGCGUUUUGAUAUCGACUUCGCUGCGGACUGCAUCUUUUCCGGAUGAGCUCCCCUUAUCAACAGACGAGCUUAUUGCCGUGCGGUCUCAGGAAAAUUGCCUUGAAGAAUUGUCGACUCUCGUUUGGGUUUUUAACAAUGCCUGGGAUUUCCCACGCGUUGUCUCGAGUCGCAAACCCCUCUAAAGGGAAACUUACAUGUCGGGAUCCAAGACAAAUCCUUGAGGCACGCCCGUGGCCUGCUCCACAACGAGCCCUAUGGGAGGGACGUACUACAACGGACAAGCUUCUCUAUAACCGCGUACCAUGGCGGUGACAACCCGGAUCGUAUCA